GUGAGCUGUCGCGUGAAUUCGACACGACGUCACAGGCGACGGAAAUGACGUUCUCGCUCGGUCGCGCGUGGUGAAAAUGGCUGCCGGCGGCGAACAGCAGCAGGGUCACAGACCCGGGAUUUAUAAACAGAAAAAUAAACAGCACAAACAUGGCAAGCACCGCACCAAGGGAGAGAUAGAAAGGGAGAACAAGGGUCGAGUGUCGGUGAUCACCCUCACCAAGAAGCAAAGGAAAGAACAGAGGAAGACGGAUCGCAGACACACAGCCAACCAGCUGCGGCGCAAUAAGAAAGACCAGGUGCUGACCGAAAAGCGGCGGCUGGGUAGCAGGGACGGUCCGCCUCACCUGGUGGCAGUCGUGGGCCUGCAUGCAGGGGUCGAUGCCAGCGCUGUGAUGCGCCUUCUCCGGGAGGAGGAUGCCGGGGGCCUUGUGCACGAGCGGGGAGGGGUAUCGACAAACGGCGACAGUUUUGGCCUUGUCCUUCCACGUUUCAAGCAGAGGUUCACCUUCGUCAAGCCAGACAUAGCUGAUCUUUACUCCCUCCUGGACAUUGCAAAGGUGGCAGACAGUCUGGUGUUUGUUCUGGACUCAGUGGUGGGCUGGGACAGCUAUGGUGAUUACUGUCUCUCCUGCCUGUUUGCCCAGGGACUGCCCAGCCACGCCCUGGUGUGCCAGGGUGUGUCAGCUCUGCCAGUGAAGAAGCGCGUGGAGUCACGGCGGGCGCUGGCGCGUGUCGCACAAAGCCGUUUCCCUGAAGCACGGUUGUUCCCUCUGGAUUGCGGCACAGAUGCAGCAUCGCUCCUGCGACAUCUGGGAGAACAGCGGCAACGGCGCUUAGGCUUCCGCUCCCGCCGUGCUCACGUGCUGGCCCAGCGUGCUACCUACACACUUGUCAGUGCUGGCCUGGGCACUCUCUGUGUCUCUGGGUAUGUCCGCGGGCGCCCCCUGCAGGUGAACCGACUGGUACACAUUGUGGGUCACGGGGACUUCCAGCUUAAACAGAUCGAUGUCCCUGCAGACCCUCUGCCCCUCCUGUCGGCACCACCGCGUACAUUAAAGUCGGGCAAGGAAGGUGAUGUGGAGAUGCAGGACAUGGCUAGCGCUGCUGUGAGGGUUCUGAUGAAAGCAGACCCCUCUCGCAUUGAAAGCCUGCAGGCUGAGGCUGAAGUAGACCCCAUGGACGGGGAGCAGACCUGGCCCACUGACACAGAACUGCUGGAGGCUGAAGAGAGCAUGAAGAAGAAGGUGAUAAAGGUACCAAAGGGAACAUCAGAUUAUCAAGCAGCCUGGAUUUUGGAAGAGGAGGGAAUAAAGGAAGAGGAUGAUGAUGAACAAAGCAGUACUGGUGAUGAUGAAGCAAUGAUGGAAGAUGAAAUGGAUGGAGAGGAAGAUGACAAGGAUUCACAGGAUGGUGCCUCUGUCUCGGAGGAGGAGGAGGUGGAGGUGGGUUCCAGUGGGCGCAGUGGGGCUGAACAGCAGUAUGAUGAGAACAUGAAUGAAGAGGAGGAAAGCGAAGCUCUGAAGCGGUACCGUGAGGCACGUGCCAAUGAUGUGUUCCCUGAUGAAGUGGACACUCCCCUGGACACACCUGCCAGAACUAGGUUCCAGCGCUACAGGGGGCUGAAGAGCUUCCGCACCUCACCCUGGGACCCAUUAGAGAACCUGCCCCCUGACUAUGCCCGCAUCUUCCAGUUCCAGAACUUUGAGCGUACACGUCGGAGGGUCUUGGCCGAUGCGGCAGAUGAAGAAGAAGGGGCGAUGGUGGGUUGGUAUGUGACCCUGCACAUUAUGGAGGUCCCACCCUCAGUUAUGGAGAGCUUCCAAGCUGGCAGGCCCCUGGUACUUGUCUCCCUGCUCCCCCAUGAGCAAAAGAUGUCAGUGAUGCACAUGCUGGUGAAGCGACAUCCCAGCAACACUGAACCAAUCAAGUCCAAGGAGGAACUGGUGUUCCACUGCGGCUUUCGCCGAUUCCGUGCCUCCCCCAUCUUUUCCCAGCACACAUCAGGUGACAAGCACAAGAUGGAGCGCUUCCUACGAGUGGACGCCCCUACGGUGGUGUCCGUGUAUGCCCCCAUCACCUUCCCCUCCGCAGGGGUGCUGCUCUUCAAACAGAGGGAUGAUGGCAUACAGGAUCUCAUAGCAACUGGCACUUUGCUGGGCAGCGCCCCCCAGAGAGUGGUGCUGAAGAGAAUCGUUCUGAGCGGACACCCUUUCAAGAUCAAUCGCCGCUCUGCCGUUGUCAGAUACAUGUUUUUCAACAGAGAGGACAUCAUGUGGUUCAAGCCUGUGGAGCUGCGGACCAAGUGGGGCAGACGAGGCCACAUCAAGGAAGCUCUGGGCACCCACGGGCACAUGAAGUGUGUCUUUGACAAUCAGCUGCGAUCUCAGGACACAGUACUGAUGAACCUGUACAAGAGAGUUUUUCCCAGAUGGACCUAUGACCCCUACGUGCCUCUGCCCUUGCCCUGGGUAAAGAGAGAGGGAGCUGUGGAAGCAAACAACAUCGAUAUGGAGUAGGCUCUGACAGGAAAGAGAGAAUCCUGGAUGGGGAUAUGGACUUUGGAACUGGAGUACCUAUGGAUGAUGGUGAACACAAGUGCUUUAUGUGUAUUUAAAAUGAUUAAAACCUGUCAGAGAAAAUGAACUUUCUCUCUAUUUUUUCCCUCCAGUGCAGGACAGCAGGAGAGGAGUUGACAUUUCCGCCGUUCACUCGCUUUGCCCUAAGAUGAAGUGCUGCUUCUCACCACUAGGUGGCAGACAUAUAUCAGAAUCAUCCUACAGGACUCAGUCCCUCGCACCUGCAGUGCAGGGUUCAGCUGCAGCACAGACCAGGACAAACUAGGGUACCAGUGUAGCCAUACCAUGGUCCAUAUGAUGCAGUCCUGAGCGUUUCAACAUCUUUAGACUGUCAAUCCAGUAUGCGUGUAUAACUAAGCCUGUGUGAGCUCUGCACCAAACGUAUAGCCUUAGCAGCAACAUGAGCAAUAACACCUACUCCGUUUUGGCUGAGAAAGGAAAAGAAAAAAGCAGUGAUGACUGUCAUACUCUGUUCUGGUUGUUUACUAUGGCCACUGCGCUUUAAAGUGUCUUAAGAUGCUUCUUACUAAUACUAUGAGACACAACUGUGUUCCCAAGCAAGUCCAGUGAUUCGCUCGCAGUCACAUGCAAUAACAGCUGGUUCAAGUGUUACGAGUUCUUAUCUGACUUGGAUACUGGGCCCAGUUCCAGUUUCUGGUGCUUUCACCAUACGGCUCCUAGUUGUCCCCUUAGGUCACGGCACUUGGGUUCACCAUCUCAUCGCAGAAACAAACCAGACCUUAUACUUGGUGAAAACACACUGCAGAUAUUUUAAAGUGAAACACAAUACAAGUCCAUCAACAUAUGAAUCUUCUGUGUGAACUCCUGAGUCAGGACAAAGCUUAUUUUUC